UAUUCUUAUUUUGAUGUAACCAGCGGUGCCUCGCCUUGGAUGGCCAACAACAAUUCCAACAAGUGGUUUGUUCUGUGUGCUAUAGAGGCUUGGUAUCAUUCUGGCGCCUUUAGGCCUGACUUGGUAGCUACUCUGUAUGAAACACUCAAAAGCUAUUAUGAAACCAUCUCAACUGGAACUGAAACUACGCCUGAGAUCUUAUCCAGGAUUUCUCUGGAGAUAACGCUUGGACUGUUGUCGGCGCUUAGAGGCGAUCUUUACAGUACUUGCCAAUAUUGGCUGCAGGCUCUGUCUCACUGCAGCAAACACUGCCUGUUUGUCUUGCAGCGGGAGCUCUGCUGUAUGUUACUGCCACACGGAACUCAAUCUUUGGAAAAUCUUCUCGGUUUAAGCCAUGAACUACGCAGUGUGGACGACUCUGAUGAGUCCAAGAAAGAAGAAAGUUUCACGCAGUUCUUUCUGCAUUUCCACGCGUUUUAUUGCAAGGCUCUAAUGAUUGAAAUAUGGUAUAGAUGCCCUAAUAUAUUGAGAAUUUUUAAACCUCAUCAAGACGUAUCUGUUGAGGUUAAAAUGGAAAGCGAGACAAGCAGUUCUAUCUGCGAGAGUUCGGCCAAUCUGGAGGACGAGUUGUCGCCGAAAACUGAGCUAAACAAGUUCGGAAAUGCUGUGGCAAUUUCCGACUAUAGUGGUGAUGAGAAAGUUGGAAAAGAAAUUCCCGAAGUAGGAGUAGAUCUGGUUGCUGUCGAUGAAGACAUUAGAAGCAAAGUUGACACAAAAGAACCAUUCUCGUCCAGAAAGCGUAAUCUUGUUGAGAAACAAGACUUGAAAUCGACAUUGCAGAAGGUCAAAGAGGUUUUGCUUUCAGAUCAUCAGGCGAAAGUAAGUAAUCUGAGGGAUCUUCUCACUGAGAUCAGAAAGGCAAUGUUGCUGAAGAGGUCAAAGCAAUUCUUCCAGAUGAACUCAGCUGGCAGCAAAUUGAACCAAAAGAAAAAGAAAGCGAAAGCUCAACCUGCUCACGAGGCUCAGCCGCUGGGCUUUUCUCCAAGUUCCAGUGAAGGGGAUCCAACAGGCGAGGCAGCUAGCAAGAAAAGUUCAAGUGAACCUGUAGAAAGUACUCAAACUGAGUCAAGAGAAGAUGAAGGUGCUGCUCCUACUGGGCAUUCUGGAUCGCAGGUGGAAGUGGCUGGAAUGGAUGCCAAAGACACACUUUUGGGCAAUGAGGGAGAGAAACAGGGCGAGGGCAGUAAUGACCGUGCAACCCUUGGAGGGCUUUCUGCUGAACUAAGGACAGUCCCAGCGACUGAGACAGACACUAAGGAUUUGACGACGGUGGACGGAAAACUUCCAAUCGAUUUGAGAUACGUGGUAAUUGAAACCAGCUUGGAAUCACUAACGGAGGAAGAAGAACGAGUCCUAGGGGAAAUUGAGCAGCUUGAGUUUAAGAAUCUUCCCUUUCCGUCGCCGUUGGAGUCUGCUUUGACAAUGGUAAACCUUUGCGCACGCCCAGAUGGUCUUCCUGUACGUGCCCCUGACCUUCGUACACUGGGGAUGAAUGUUUUGCUCUGGGCGCAGCGUUAUGCUCAAACCUCCACUGAUCUUAAAGGUGUAAAGACGCUGAAUCGGAUAUAUGACUCAAGGAAGGAAGUGUAAGGGCAAUUUACACAUCUUUGACAUCCCUGCUCUGUUGUUUUGAAGUGCUGAUAAGAAGCAAUAAAGCGUUGAAUUCAAGA